GACAACACCUGUUACAGCUUUUCUCUUUGCCAAAAGAUGUCUUGCUGCAUUAUGUGGCUGCUGGCCGCCUUCUGCCUGUCAACAGUUGGCAGUGUUCCCAUCAGUCCCGUCGGUCCUUUCGCAGGUAAUGUUUCUUUAAAUGCCACUACCACGGGUGGGUAUGAGAGCACCACUGCAGCGACUCAAAGAGAUUAUGCCUUUUCUCUAAAUCCCACCAUGAAUACCACCAGCUCUGCUCCAGUGGGUGCAACUCCUUUAAAUGAUGCUCUGAAUGCCAGCAGACUUGCUGAAGAUCAUCAUAUUUUUUUAGAAAACACUCUGAACGCUACGAACUCUGUUCCAGACAAUGCCAUAUAUUUAAAUGAUACCUUCAAUACCAUCAGCUCUGCUCCAGGUGGUGCAACUCCUUUAAAUUAUGCUCUGAAUAUCACCAGUCUUGCUGAAGUUGGUUUAGUUGGUCCACGAUUUUUAACUGAUGCCCUGAAUGCCACCAGUCCUGCUGCAGACUACGCCACAUCUUUCAAUGACACCCACAUUACUUCAAAUACAACUGGCUCUGCUCCAGGUGCUGCAGCUCCAGAACCUGAAUCUUCAAAGAAUAAGAGUGCAGAAACUUUGAAAGAGUUUGAUCAAGACAUGCCAGUCCAGGAGGGAGACAUUCUAAUUCCGGAGAGCAGAAAUGCUGUACACACUCUGUGGCCGGAUGCCACCACCUCUUACAUCAUCACUGAUGAACUGGUUUCCCGAGAGGCAGAAAUUAAAGCUGCCUUUAAGAUGAUAUCGGAUGUCACAUGUAUUCGUUUUAAGAAACGAGACACCGAGUCGAGCUAUUUGAAGCUUGUGACUGGCAAUGGCUGUGCCUCAUUCGUUGGUUGUCAAGGAGGAGCCCAGCAGCUCUUCUUUGCUUCAGAGUGCACCGUGGGGAACCUUUGCCAUGAACUGCUCCAUGCUCUGGGACUGUAUCAUGAACACACUCGUGAAGACCGGGAUAAAUAUGUCACAGUGAACUGGCAGAAUAUUGUGGCAGGUAAAGAAAAUAACUUCAAGGUGAAGCAUGGAAACACUCAAAACCUACCAUAUGAUCUCGCGUCCAUAAUGCACUACGGGCGGGAUUUCUUCAGUACAAAUGGAAAUCCAACUGUGUUGCCUAAGCAGAGUGGUGUGGAAAUAGGUCAGAGGAAACAUCUGAGCCAGCUGGACAUAGAAAGAUUGAAUAAACUCUACAGCUGUGGAAAAUUGUGAAACUAAA